AUUGCUCCGUUCUGUGGGAUUUUUCGUACCUUUAAAUUGAUUCGGCCAUUUAGGGUUUCUGAGUCUUGAGCGCCAGCAGAUUGCAGAGCGGCGACAUCAUCUACCUCUUGCCAUGGUUCUCAAGACUGAGCUUUGCCGCUUCAGCGGUGCCAAGAUUUACCCUGGUAAGGGUAUUAGAUUUGUUCGAUCUGAUUCGCAGGUCUUCCUCUUUGCCAAUUCAAAAUGCAAGAGGUACUUCCACAACCGCCUAAAGCCUUCAAAGCUUACUUGGACAGCUAUGUACCGCAAACAACACAAGAAGGACAUUGCAGCUGAGGCUGUUAAGAAGAAGCGCAGAGCCACCAAGAAGCCAUAUUCAAGAUCUAUAGUUGGUGCUACCUUGGAAGUCAUACAGAAGAGAAGGACUGAGAAGCCAGAGGUCCGAGAUGCUGCUCGUGAAGCUGCAUUACGUGAAAUCAAGGAAAGGAUCAAGAAAACAAAGGAUGAGAAGAAGGCAAAGAAAGCUGAGUUGAUGGCCAAAACACAAAAAACGCAGGGCAAGGGCAGUGUGCCCAAGGGUGCUGUACCAAAGGGCCCCAAGCUUGGUGGUGGCGGUGGAAAGCGUUAAUUCAUAUCUAUGAAGUAGCUAAACACUUGAAAAUUUUGUGUUUCCUUAAUUUCAUGUGUGGAUUCUUUAUUGGUCUUGUUGGCCGACCUUUUAGGGAUUUUCUUGAUUAUCUUGAAGCAUUGUUCUAUUUACUAAAAGGGUUUUCCAAGGCAUUAUGUUUCGACUUAUAGCAUAGUCAUUUGUUCUGCUUCAAUAAUUAUUUCAAGUAUUUGAUGAA